CUUAGUCGAUGGAAAAAGAUAUGCUUUCUAUUAUUGUUAGCGAUAGUGUCAGACGGAGCACAUUAUGGGGCGUUCUUCGAUAAUCCCCGAGUGCUACAAGAAGAAAUAAACAUUUUGCCUAUUUUUAAAUGUGAUAUCAAUACAGCUAAAACGCAGAUCUGUCGAGAUUCAUGUUUUUCAUUAAAUGUAACAUCGCAACAGGGUAUCGGACGAUCAUUAUUAUUCGGUAUUUCACGGGGAUGUUCGACGAACAUUUUGACAAAAGAUAGGAUGGUGAAAGGUCAUCGAUGUUCGAAUAUUAAUGUUAUCUUGAAAACUAAACCUCAAUAUGUCGUCUUUGCAAAUUAUUGCUUUUGUACAGGCAAUAAAUGUAAUAAAAUUCCGGAAAUUUUCAAACCAUCUCCAAUUACGACAGUAACAAAUACCGAUAAACCGUCCAUAAAUUUCAGUGCAUAUAUUCGAUAUGAAAACAAAUCCAUGCGAUACUUUUAUUCAAUUUACCAUUUUUUCAUUUUUUCAAUUUCAAAUUUAUUUUUAAUGAAUUUCUUGUGA